CAGUUUUACUACCAUCAUCUCAAUUCUUACAGCCACUAAUCCCGUGGAGGAAGAAGCAGUAAAAAAUGAAGGAGCAAACUACCCGCGCUAUGUGGUGGAGAUCGCCGUCUUUCAUCCUCGACAAUCGGCAGCAGCAGCCAAACGACACCGCACGAGGCGACGCCCUCUCCAUCCCGCUCUCCUCUCCGCUACCUCCCUCCACCACCAUGGCUGAUCCUAACCCUAAUCCCAAUCCAAAUCCCCUCACCGACAAAAUCUCCGCUUACUACCAGACCCGCGCCGCCCACCACGGCGUCGUCUCCAGCGACUGGCUCGCCCAGGCUCAGGCCGCCGUCGGCCACCUCCCCGAAGCCGACGACGAUGCCAGUAAUAACGACCAGGGAGCUCCUUCGGGCAAGCCGUUCAGCGUCAUCGACGAGUUCAACAAUUGGCGGAAACAGCCCGACUUGGCCGAGGCCGUCGCUGCUAUCAGGGCUCUUGCCGCCGUCAUUCGGAAUAGCCAGGCUACGACCAUGAUGGAGCUCGAGAUUGAGCUCAAGAAGGCCUCUGACUCCCUCAAGUCCUGGGACACAACAUCAAUAUCUUUAACUGCAGGAUGUGAUCUGUUCAUGCGAUAUGUAACCAGAACUUCAGCCUUGGAGUAUGAGGACUUCAAUUCGGCUAAGACCCGCUUGAUUGAACGAGCUGAGAAGUUUGGCGAGAUAUCGUACAAGGCACGUAAGAUCAUUGCGAUGCUUAGCCAAGAUUUCAUCUUUGAUGGUUGUACAAUAUUGGUUCAUGGCUUCUCGAGAGUUGUGUUGGAAGUUCUGAAGACUGCAGCUCAAAGUAAAAAACUGUUUCGAGUUUUCUGCACAGAGGGAAGGCCGGACAGAACAGGAUUAAGGUUGUCUAAUGAGCUAGCCAAGCUUGAUGUCCCGGUGAAGCUCCUUAUAGACUCCGCUGUUGCCUACUCCAUGGAUGAGGUGGACAUGGUGUUUGUUGGAGCCGAUGGAGUGGUGGAAAGUGGAGGUAUAAUCAACAUGAUGGGGACGUAUCAGAUUGCCCUCGUGGCCCACAGCAUGAACAAACCUGUUUACGUGGCAGCUGAAAGCUACAAGUUUGCUCGUCUGUAUCCACUAGACCAGAAGGACAUGGGUCCUGCCUUACGCCCCAUAGAGUUUGGAGUGCCAAUUCCAUCGAAGGUAGAGGUUGAAACAUCUGCUCGGGAUUAUACGCCACCUCAGUAUCUUACUCUGCUGUUCACUGAUCUCGGUGUACUAACGCCAUCGGUAGUCAGUGAUGAACUGAUUCAGCUGUACUUAUAAGUGGUUGAUGAUUUUGGUAUUGUUCUUCUUGUCAUGGAAAGUGUUGGGAACUGCUGCUUACUGUGGAUUCUUACUGAUAAAAGUGAUGAAUAGUCGGGUAACUGCAGUUGGAACUUGGGGGGAAGUAGCUGUUUCCCCUUCUAAAUUCGUUGACUGUGUAUGUGAGGGAAAUUUUGUGAUUCAUGAAAUGGCUGAUUGUGAAUUGUGAUUGGAAGAAGCGUGGAAUGAGAUGAAGAACAGUGAUGAUAGUCUUACUUUUAUCUGGUCUUUCAAUGGGGUUUGUGGGUUGGUGAGAUGGUUCAAGACGUAAUUGUUUGAGAAGAAAGCCAAAGCCUUUAUGAAUAAUACUUGCAGACACUUUUAAGAUGCAUUAUGCGUAUUUGUGUCUCUCCUUCAUUAAUCUUACAUCAUGCGCCUCGCUUCAGAAACACAAACAACCUCUGAGCUCGGUCAGUCCCAUCAACAUCGGAAACGUGCUUAGCUUCAACCCAUUCUCUGAAGAAACUUGCGGCAGAGCAGGAUUAAGGUUGUCCAAUGAACUGGACAAGCUCGAUGUCGCAGUCAACUGCUCGUAGUUGUAGACUCUGCUGCAGUGCUGUGAGUUACUCUACGGGACGAGUUGGACAUGGCGCUGUAGCUUUUGGUAUUCUUCUGCUGCGAUAGCUGUAACAAGGAGCUUAUGCUUACUGAAUAUCUAUUGAUAUAUGUGAUCAGUAAAUGC